AUGCUGGCUUUCAUCGAACCCUUCCACCGAAUGUUCUUUAUCAAUGAUCUACACAUCUCAUACCCUCAUGCGGAAGUUGAGCGUGUGCCUGUCUAUAUGAACUUCGUUUAUGCUCUCUUCGUACCACUGGGAAUCCUUGUUGCUUACAACGUUGUGACUAAAGCGUCGCCUCACAAACAUGAGGUCACAUAUCUGUCCUUCGCCAUCGCAAUCAUCAUGACCAGUUUCAUUACAGAUCUCAUCAAAAACGCAGUCGGUCGUCCGCGACCCGACCUGUUGGCCCGAUGCAAACCAGCCGCCGGCACCAAGCCCGACGUCCUUGUCACUAUCGACGUAUGCACCGAGACGGGCCAUCACCUUCUCCACGAUGGAUGGCGGUCUUUUCCCUCUGGCCACUCGUCCUUCUCCUUCUCCGGUCUUGGCUUCUUGAGCCUCUUCUUUGCCGGACAGCUGCACAUUUUCCGACACAACAGUGGAGGCCGUGACCUUAGCAGAGCACUUAUUUGCCUCCUGCCACUACUUGGGGCCGCAUUGAUUGCCAUCAGUCGCUGCGAGGACUAUAGACACGAUGUGUACGACGUCUGCGUAGGGUCGCUGUUAGGGUAUCUUGUUGCGUACUGGAGUUACCGACGACAUUGGCCCAAAUUGACCGCCAGGGAAUGCCACGAGCCUCACCCUUAUCCGGGGUCAGACCCGAAGACUGGCUGGAAUCGACUACGAGAUGAAGAGGAAGCUGGGGACUCGCGAACCGACGUAGGCUAUGAGAUGACCCAGCUAAGUAGCCAGAGACACUAA